AUGCAGUUCAAGUCGCUCGCUUACGUCCUGCUCGGCCAGUCGGCCCUCGUGGCCGCCCAGUCGGGUACCACCUCUGCCAGCCAGGCCGCCGCUACCUGCGAGCCUCACGAGGAUCACUGGCACUGCCCGGCCGGCGUUCCCCAGCCCUCGCUCAACCCCGACGGCACUCCCAACCCCAAGGCGACCCAGGGCGCCGGCGGCGGCGAUCAUGAUCAUGAUGACGAUGACGACCAUGAUCACCACAGUGCUAGCGGAACCGCCACGGCGACUGCUACCGCGACUGCCACUGCCACUGCCACGGCGACUGCCACUCCUACCACGACCGUGACCGGGUCUGCGUCCAGCGCCACCACCACCUUGGCCACCUCCACCACCGUCGCGACUGGCCCCAACGGUUGCACUCCUCACAAUGACCACUGGCACUGCCCGUCGGGCGUGGCCAAGCCCACCACUCCUCCUCCCGGCUACACGCCCAAGUCAUCCACCACCGCAAGCGUCAGCGCCAGCCGCAGCGCUAGCGGCAGUGCCGCCCCCUCGUCCACCCCCGUCGCCGCGGCUGGCAGGGCUGGACCCCUCGGCGCCGCCAUUGUCGUCGGCGGCAGCCUCUUGCUCGGCGCUGUCCUCCUGUAA